AUGGCGCCGUCCCUCUCCACCUUCUUUUUCCUUUCCUCCUCACGCUGCUCUUCCCUGACCAUCCGCCUCGUCUCGUGUCUUUGUCACAGUGAACCAGUGCCAUGGCCGCCCGGGACCUUCUUCUGCCUCGAUUCAGCUCCGUCCUCCACGCCCGACGAAGCCUGCACCGCUGCGCGCCUGCAUACGCGACAAAGACGACAUCGAUGGCUCCUGCUUCCUCUGCAGCGUCCGUCCCCUACGUUUGACCGCGCGACUCCGGCGCCCGCACCUGCAGACCGCCUGCCCGACCACGCCGCCGACCAAGUCCUGGCCUCCAACGCCUGGAUCCGGUCGCCCAGCUCACAUGCGCCUCCCCGCCGGACUCCACUACCUCCGACCAAAUCGUCGCCCCGCCCGGUGCCCUCGCCGGAGACCACUGGGAAGGCGCCGCGCCAAGUCCUCAUGCGGCCGCUCCCUUGUUUCCCUGCUCGAACUGCUGCUGCUUGCUUCGCGUUGACCACGUCUCCUCCCUCGUUCGAUCCAACCAGCGCCAAUCUUGUCCCAUCCUCCUCAUUCCGCCGCUGCCACUCCUCUUGUCUCCCCUUCCUCGGGAUCCCCUCCCGAUCCAAAAAUCCUCCCACUCUCGUUUUCCCUAGCGAGCCAACCACCACAGACCCGCCUGACCAACCCCUCGUCCCCGUACGUCGUCCUCCUCGUGCCCGAUCUGGACGCCCGCAACUCCCGUGCGCCAUCCCCUGCCUCCUCGACCUCCCGAGUUGGCCGGUCUCCGGCUUCUCGUUCGCUCCGAGCCGUGAACCAGUGCCAUGGCCGCCCGGGACCUUCUUCUGCCUCGGUUCAGCUCCGUCCUCCACGCCCGAUGAAGCCUGCACCGUUGCGCGCCUGCAUACGCGACAAAGACGACAUCGAUGGCUCCUGCUUCCUCUGCAGCGUCCGUCCCCUACGUUUGACCGCGCGACUCUGGCGCCCGCACCUGCAGACCGCCUGCCCGACCACGCCGCCGACCAAGUCCUGGCCUCCAACGCCUGGAUCCGGUCGCCCAGCUCACAUGCGCCUCCCCGCCGGACUCCACUUCCUCCGACCAAAUCGUCGCCCCGCCCGGUGCCCUCGCCGGAGACCACUGGGAAGGCGCCGCGCCAAGUCCUCAUGCGGCUGCUCCCUUGUUUCCCUGCUCGAACUGUUGCUGCUUGCUUCGCGUUGACCACGUCUCCUCCCUCGUUCGAUCCAACCAGCGCUAAUGUCGCACGCGACGCACAGGAUCCAGCGUUGCCCUGCUUCGAUCGGCCUGUGAGGCCCAGCACCGCUCUAGGCCUACCCGGCCUCCUGUUCCAUCGACUGGGCUAGCCCAUGGUGAGCAACCAGCAGAUUCCCC